AUGUUCUCAUUUCAGGGAUGGUUGACCUUCAGGGAUGUGAUCGUGGAGUUCUCUCCGGAGGAGUGGGAGUGCCUGGGCCCCGCUCAGAGGGCCUUGUACAGGGACGUGAUGCUGGAGAACUACAGGAACCUGGUCUCCCUGGCUCUCUCUCCCAAAUGUAUGAUCAAGGAACUACCACCAAAAGAAAACAGUAAUACAGGAGAAGUAUUGCAGGCAGUUAUAUUGGAAAGACAUGAAAGCCGUGACACCGAAGAUCAUAGCUUUAGAGAAAUCCAGAAAAAUACUCAUGACUUUGAGUGUAAGCAGAGAGACGGUGAAACAAAUUUCGAAGGAGUGCUUGUGACCCUUAAUGAAAACCUCACUGGUAGGAGAGAUCAAUGUGGUAGAAGAGAUGCAAGAAAUAAACCUAUUGAUAACAGGAUUGGACCAAGGUUUCAGUCACAUCUGGCUGGAGUGCAGAUACUUCAGCCCAAAGCAAAAAUUUAUGAAUGUCACCAAGUGGAGAAGUCUGUCAACGAUAGUUCCUCAAUUUCACUACUGCAUGGAAUCCUUCCCAGAGUCCCGACCAACAACUCUAAUGAUCGUGGGAAUGAUCUCUUGCCUUCUUCAUUACUCACACAAGAGCAGAAAGCCCACAUUAGGGAAGAACCAUACAAACGUGAGGAGUGUGACCAAGCAGUUAAUCACGGUCUGCACCUCACUAGACAUCAGAUAAUCCAGACAGGAGAGAAACCAUAUAAAUGUGAGAUAUGUGGGAAGGUCUUCAGUCACAACUCACACCUUGCAUGUCAUCGAAGAAUUCAUACUGGAGAGAGACCUUACAGAUGCAUCGAAUGCGGCAAGGUCUUCAGUCGCAAUUCACACCUUGUCCGUCAUCACAGAAUUCACACUGGCGAGAAACCUUACCACUGCAAUGAGUGUGGCAAGGCUUUCAGUGAGUGUUCUAGUCUUAUGAACCAUCAGGUAAUCCACACUGGAGAGAAACCUUACAAAUGUAAUGAAUGUUGCAAGGUCUUCAGUCAGAGUUCAGGCCUUGCGAGUCACCGAAGAAUUCAUACGGGAGAAAAGCCUUACAAGUGCAAGGAGUGUGGCAAAGCCUUUACUUAUGGCUCACAACUCACUAACCACCAGGUAAUCCAUACCGGUGUGAAACCUUACAAAUGUAAUGAGUGCGGCAAGGCCUUUAAUCAGAGCUCACAUCUCACUAGACAUCAGAUCAUCCACACGGGAGAGAAACAUUACAAGUGUGACGAAUGUGGGAAGGUCUUCAGUUACGAUUCACACCUUGCACGUCAUCGUAGGAUUCAUUCCGGAGAGAAACCUUACCAGUGUCGUGAGUGUGGCAGAGCCUUUACUAUGUUAUCAAGCCUUACGUACCAUCAGGUGAUCCACACCAGAGAGAAACCUUACAAAUGUAAUGAGUGUGGCAAGGUCUUCAGUCAGAGUUCGAGCCUUCCCAGUCAUCGGAGAAUUCAUACUGGAGAGAAGCCAUACCAGUGUAAUCAAUGUGGCAGAUCAUUCAUUCAGCGCUCUAACCUCACUAGACAUCGGAUGAUUCAUACUGGAGAGAAACCUUACAAAUGUAAAGAAUGUGGCAAGGUCUUCACCCAAAAUUCAAGCCUUGUGAGUCAUCAGAGAAUUCAUACCGGGGAGUGAUCUUACAAAUGUAGUGAGUGUGACAACGCAUUUGAUUAUAAGUUCAAGCACGAAUUGGCAUCAGAGCGUCCACACUAAAGAGAAAGCAUAUACAGGUCAUGUGUGUGGCAGAGGACUUACACAGGCUUCACAACUCAACUGACAUCAGGAUAUACAUCUUUUUUUAUUUUAAUGUUUGUUUAUUUUUGAGAGAUGGAAUAU